CGCCCCGGUGCUCGCUGGUCGCCGCGCUGCCGUUUCGCCGCCGCCGCCGCCAUGGCCGGGGUCUGACGGCCGGCCGCAGGCCGCACCCGCGCCGCGCUCCGCGGCGGGCCCUGGGCGAUGCCGAGCAGCUCGGACACGGCGCUGGGGGGAGGCGGGGGCCUGAGCUGGGCGGAGAAGAAGUUGGAGGAGCGCCGCAAGCGCCGGCGGUUCCUGUCCCCUCAGCAGCCGCCGCUGCUGCUGCCGCUCCUGCAGCCGCAGCUCCUGCAACCGCCGCCGCCCCCGCCGCCUCUGCUCUUCCUGGCUGCUCCCGGCACGGCCGCCGCCGCAGCCGCCGCCGCCGCGGCCUCCUCCUCCUGCUUCAGCCCCGGGCCCCCGCUGGAGGUCAAGCGGCUGGCGAGAGGCAAGAGGCGCCCGGGAGGGCGGCAGAAGCGGCGCCGCGGGCCCCGUGCCGGGCAGGAGGCGGAGAAGCGUCGCGUCUUCUCGCUGCCCCAGCCGCAGCAGGACGGCGGUGGCGGCGCCAGUAGCGGCGGGGGUGUGACCCCGCUGGUGGAGUACGAGGACGUGAGCUCCCAGUCCGAGCAGGGGCUGCUGCUGGGGGGUGCCAGCGCGGCCGCGGCGGCGACGGCUGCCGGGGGAACGGGCGGCGGCGGCGGGAGCCCGGCCUCGCCGGCGGGCGCCCAGCGGCGCGGGGACGGCCCGGAGCGCCGGGCCCGGCGGGAGCGGCGCGGCAGCAGCGGCCGCAGCAAGGAGCGCCACCGCGAGCACCGGCGGCGGGACGCGCAGCGCGGCGAGGCCGCGGGCCGCGGGCGCCACGGGGCCGACGAGCGCGGCGACGCGGCCAAGAGCGGCAGCAGCAGCAGCAGCGGCGGCCGCCGCAAGAGCGCGUCGGCCACGUCCAGCAGCAGCGGCGGCCGGCGCGACCGCGAGCUCAAGGCGCACCGCAGCCGGACUAAGGCGGCCAAGGAACCGCCGUCGGCCUACAAGGAGCCGCCCAAGGCCUACCGCGAGGACAAGAGCGAGCCCAAGGCCUACCGGCGCCGGCCGCGCUCGCCCAGCCCGCCGGGCGGCCGCGACGACAGCCCCGUGUCGCACCGCGCCUCGCAGGGCCUGCGGGGACGCAAGUCGCCCAGCCCGGUGGGUGGCAGCCCCUACGCGCGGCGCGCGGCGCGCUCGCCCAGCCCCUACAGCCGCCGCCGCUCGCCCAGCUACAGCCGCCACAGCUCGUACGAACGCGGCGGGGACGUGUCCCCCAGCCCCUACAGCAGCAGCAGCUGGCGCCGCUCCCGGAGCCCCUACAGCCCCGUGCUCAGACGAUCUGCCAAAUCCAGAAGCAGAAGCCCAUAUUCAUCUAGACAUUCAAGAUCUCGUAGUAGACAUAGACUGUCUAGAUCCAGAAGUCGCCAUUCUAGCAUUUCUCCUAGCACACUAACACUGAAGAGUAGCCUGGCGGCUGAAUUAAACAAGAAUAAAAAAGCCCGGGCUGCUGAGGCAGCAAGAGCUGCAGAGGCGGCGAAAGCUGCAGAAGCAGCCAAGGCUGCUGAGGCUGCUGCCAAGGCUGCCAAAGCCUCCAGUGCUUCCACGCCCACCAAGGGCAACGCAGAGUCGGGUGGCAGCUCCCAGACCAACCACGUGAAAGAUGUGAAGAAACUCAAAGUUGAGCAUGUACCUUCUCCCUCGAGUGGUGGAACUUUAAAAAAUGACAAGGUGAAAACAAAGCCACCCCUUCAGGUAACAAAGGUGGACAAUAAUCUGAUUGUAGAUAAAGCUACCAAAAAAGCAGUUGUCCUUGGGAAGGAGAGUAAAUCUGCUGCUACAAAGGAGGAACCAAUAUCUCUUAAAGAGAAAACCAAACCACUUACACCAAGCAUAGGCGCCAAGGAGAAGGAGCAACAUGUGGCGUUAGUGACCUCUACAUUACCACCUUUACCUUUACCUCCCAUGCUGCCUGAAGAUAAAGAUGCUGAUAGUUUGCGAGGAAAUAUUUCGGUGAAAGCUGUUAAAAAAGAAGUAGAAAAGAAACUCCGAUGUCUGCUUGCUGAUUUGCCGCUGCCACCUGAGCUCCCAGGAGGAGAUGAGCUCUCCAAGAGCCCAGAGGAAAAGAGAGCAGCAACACAGUCACAUAGUAAACGGAGGCCUAAAAUAUGUGGGCCUCGCUAUGGUGAAAUCAAAGAAAAAGAUAUUGACUGGGGAAAACGCUGCGUGGAUAAAUUUGAUAUCAUCGGAAUUAUUGGCGAAGGUACCUAUGGACAAGUUUACAAGGCCAGGGAUAAAGACACUGGAGAAAUGGUAGCCUUAAAAAAAGUACGUCUAGAUAAUGAAAAGGAAGGCUUUCCAAUUACAGCAAUUAGAGAAAUUAAAAUUCUGCGGCAGCUUACCCACCAGAGUAUUAUUAAUAUGAAGGAAAUAGUGACUGAUAAAGAAGAUGCUUUGGAUUUUAAGAAGGAUAAAGGUGCAUUUUAUCUGGUUUUUGAAUAUAUGGACCAUGAUCUGAUGGGACUUCUGGAAUCAGGCUUGGUUCAUUUUAAUGAAAAUCACAUAAAAUCCUUUAUGAGACAGCUCAUGGAAGGUCUGGAUUACUGUCAUAAGAAGAACUUUUUACAUAGAGAUAUUAAAUGUUCAAAUAUUCUUCUAAAUAAUAGAGGGCAGAUAAAACUUGCAGAUUUUGGACUUGCUCGAUUGUAUAGCUCAGAAGAGAGUCGGCCCUAUACUAACAAGGUGAUCACUUUAUGGUACCGUCCACCUGAACUGCUGUUGGGAGAAGAACGGUAUACACCAGCUAUUGAUGUAUGGAGCUGUGGAUGUAUACUUGGUGAACUCUUCACUAAAAAACCUAUAUUUCAAGCAAAUCAGGAACUUGCACAACUAGAGUUAAUAAGCCGUAUUUGUGGGAGCCCAUGUCCUGCAGUGUGGCCUGAUGUAAUCAAACUACCAUAUUUCAACACCAUGAAACCAAAGAAGCAAUAUCGUCGAAAGUUAAGAGAAGAAUUUGUUUUUAUUCCUGCAGCUGCACUAGACUUAUUUGAUUACAUGCUCGCCUUGGACCCUAGUAAGCGCUGUACUGCCGAACAGGCUCUUCAGUGUGAGUUCCUUCGAGAUGUGGAACCUUCAAAGAUGCCUCCACCAGACCUGCCUUUAUGGCAAGAUUGUCAUGAAUUAUGGAGCAAAAAGCGAAGAAGACAAAAGCAGAUGGGCAUGACUGAUGAUGUUUCCACAAUUAAAGCUCCCAGAAAGGACUUGUCUCUGGGCUUGGAUGACAGCAGGACCAACACACCUCAGGGCGUGCUGCAGUCUUCACAGCUGAAGUCUCAGGGAAGCUCCAACUUAGGACCUGGUGAAAAACAGACCGAUCCAUCAACACCACAACAGGAUUCUUCGAAACCCUUGGGCGGAAUUCAGCCUUCUCAGAGCGUCCAGCCUAAAGUGGAGACUGACGCUGCCCAGGCGGCUGUGCAGAGUGCGUUUGCAGUGCUGUUGACACAGUUGAUAAAGGCUCAGCAGUCAAAGCAGAAAGAUGUGCUGCUAGAAGAGCGGGAAAAUGGGUCAGGACAUGAAACAUCGUUACAACUCCGGCCCCCUCCAGAACCGAGCACUCCUGUAUCAGGGCAAGAUGAACUAGUUCAGCACCAAGAUAUGAGAAUAUUGGAGCUCACACCAGAACCAGAGCGGCCUCGGAUUCUGCCUCCUGAUCAGCGACCCCCGGAACCACCGGAACCACCACCAGUCACUGAGGAAGACCUGGAUUAUCGGACAGAGAACCAGCAUGUCCCCACCACCAGUUCAUUAACUGACCCUCAUGCUGGAGUGAAAGCCGCCCUGUUACAGCUGCUUGCUCAGCAUCAGCCCCAGGAGGAGCCCAAGAGAGAAGGGGGUAUCGAUUACCAAGCCGGAGACACUUACGUGCCCCCUGCAGAUUACAAGGACAAUUUUGGAUCUUCUUUCUCUUCUGCUUCUUACGUUAGCAAUGAUGGUCUAGGAGGUAGCUCUGCUCCACCAUUGGAACGACGUAGCUUCCUUGGAAACUCUGAUGUUCAGUCUUUGGAUAACUACAGUACUACUUCAUCUCAUUCGGGUGGUCCACCUCAGCCUUCUGCCUUUUCCGAGUCAUUUCCCAACUCAGUAGCUGCAUAUGGAGACAUUUACCUCAACACUGCUCCCAUGUUGUUCAGUGGGGACAAGGACCAUAGAUUUGAAUAUAGCCAUGGCCCCAUUGCAGUCCUGGCAAAUAGCAGGGACCCUUCUGCCGGGCCCGAGAGUACUCAUCCUCUGCCGGCAAAGAUACACAACUAUAAUUAUGGUGGUAACUUACAAGAAAACCCAGGUGGCCCUGGCCUCAUGCAUGGACAGACCUGGACUUCUCCUGCCCAAGGACCUGGAUAUUCACAGGCAUACCGGGGACAUAUUAGCACAUCAGCUGGCAGAGGUCGAGGUAGAGGGUUACCAUACUGAGUAUCUGUUUUUCCUCAGGCACAUCAUUUUUAUCUGGAAAGACUUUUCUAGCUGCAAUUUAAGGCGGCAAUCCAAGAGACUUGAAUAAUAUUAAUUCAACAACAGCUUUAUUUUUAUGUGGAAAGGGUCUUGCAUACAAUAGUUUAAAAAAGACAAAAAAAAGUUUGCUUAAAUUCAUGCUGUUCUAAAAACUAGAUCUAUUGAUUGUACAUCUUCACAAAUUCUAGUUAACAAUUUUAUUUUGUAUCCUUGCAGUUUUAAGUGGAUGCUAAUCUUAGGGACAUAAAAGUCUUUUUAUGACCCUCUUGCAGAUAUUCUGAACUAUGCACAUUUGUGCUUUUUUUGUAAGUUUGGACCAACUUUUAUGUAACAACCAACCAACCCCUUCCUCCUUCCUUCCAGUUUUACAGCAAUCAGAAAGGGCACUGAUUUAUUUGGUAUUUUUCUUUUUACAGAGCUACCUUUAGUCAAAGGUCACUGUCAGUCUUUGCACCUGCUUUCAGUGUUAUUGUGAAAGGUGUACUUUGUGCUCAUUUCAGAAAAUAAAACACAACCUUUCUCUUGA